UCUACUUUUCUUCCUGCUAGAAUGAUGAUGCCGGCUACUACAAUUCCACCUUUUCAACAAAUUUUUCCUCCAUCAGAUUUCUCUGUUCCUCCGCCUCCGAUACCUGGUGUUCGAUAUGGUUUUACUUCAGGUCAAAGAGUGCCUGUAGAUGCUAUACAACAACAAAAUUCAACACAAACAAAUGCUCCGUCUACAUUAGAAAAGCAGGAUGGUAAUGUACAAAUUCCUCAAUCUCAUAAUGGGCGACGACGUGCUAAGUCUUCGUCAAGUUCUAGCAGUUCUCGUUCGGCCAGCAGUGUUUCUCGUUCUUCUACGCCGCAAAAUGAUCGGGACCGUAAACGAAGUCGUUCUCUAGAUCACCCACCAAAAUGCCGUUCUAGUUCAUCCUCUUCAAAUCGUCGGCGAAGGCGUUCAUCUUCUUCCUCUUCAUCAGCAUCACAAGAAAAAAGGAGGGAUAACCAAAUUAAGAAUUCGUGUGACACAGACAGUGGAAGUCCAGUUUUAGUAUUGUCUGAUGAGACUGUUCGAGGUGAAAAGAAUAAUAAAGAAUGCCAUGUUUGCACUUUCACACCUGCUCACAAUUAUUACAAUGGGCAAGUCUGCGAGGCUUGCUUUAAAUUUUUCUGCCGAAACAUAAUGGAGAAGAACAAUCUUGUUUGCAAAAAGGAUGUUAACUGUGUUUUAAAGAGGGGGCAAAAAUGUUGUAAAUACUGCAGGUUACAAAAAUGUUUGAAAAUAGGAAUGCAUUUGUCUUCAAAUAUUGGCUCAUACAAAGUUCAUUGUGAAAAUUCGACUGAAUUAUUGAAGCAAAAUAUUCUUUCUGUUUUAAAUACUAAUUCUACUCAAAAUAUUUUUAUUGGAUUUUCUGGCGGUUCAAUGCCUCAAUUACUUGCACCUUUAUUAAAUGAACUUUCAAAUGAUAAAAUUUCCAAUCUUUUAUUAUUUCCUGUUGAUGAACGUCUAGUGCCUUUACAAAGUGAAGAAAGCAAUGCCGGCAGUCUUUUGCGAGAAUUAUCUACCAAUAAAGAAAGAUUUGAGAAUAAAAUAUUAAAAAUUUCUGAAGAACCUAAUUUAUUAGAAGAUGGACCUCAAAUGGCUUCAGAAUUUGAAAAUAAACUUCUAUCAAUGGAUCCAAAACUUGAUGAUAAUGGAUUUCCUAUUUUUGACCUUAUACUUCUUGGAUUGGGCUCUGAUGGCCAUACUUGUUCUUUAUUUCCAAAUCACCCAUUACUUGAAGAAAAAAAUAGUUGGGUUGCCUAUAUAAAUGAUUCGCCUAAACCUCCACAAAGAAGAGUUACUUUAACUUUACCUGUUUUGAAUGCAGCAAAAAAUAUUAUUUUUAUUGCUAAUGGAAAAUCUAAGGCCAAAAUUAUUGCUCAAAUAUUUGAAAAUGAAAAUAAUAAUAAAUUAUUGUUACCACCAAAUUUAAUUAAAAGAAGAGAAGAUCAACAACCAAUUAAAUGGUUUUUGGAUGUAGAAGCUAGUUCAGACAUAAAAAUUAAAUAG